AUGUCAACCCUCAAGGACCUCCUCCACCUCCUGGCUGUACACAGCAUCCUCCGCCACCUCCUACCCCGCGUGCUCCUCCUAAUGGCCCUACAGGCAGCACUCAGGGGGCUCAUCGUCCAGGUGAUGCCAACCCUCAAAGACCUCCUCCCCCGCCUGGCCCAACUAGCAGUGCCCUGCGUGCUACUCCCAAUGGACCUACAGGCAGGACUCAGGGGGCUCAUCACCCAGGUGAUCGUGAUGGUCCUACUGCCCCGUUGGAGGCUGCAUCCCCUGCACAAGCUUCUGAUGAUUUUGUGCCCAGGGAUCCUCCAAGGUCUACUACAAAGGGUAGGGCAAAGAGUCGACGGUACAAAUCGGCGCUGGAGCUACACCCAAAGAAGAAAAACAAAUGCAGGCAGUGCCAAUCUACAGAGCACACUGCUGGUGUGUGUCCACUCAGGCUACUGUGAUUCUGUUUCAUCGUUUGUAACUUUGGGACAAAAAAGGAAAAGAAUGAUGUUUUUUAGCAAUGUUGGGACCAAGUGGACACAUUCAGCAUCUAUGAUUUCUCUUUAUCUAAUUUAUGCUCCUUGAAUUAGUUCAUGCACUGUGUAAAAAAGGUUGCUAUUUGUGCCUUUGUUGGCAACUGGUUAAAUAUUUAGUUGUUGAA